CAUACUGAGACGCCACAGUAUAAUCUCAGCUUUCCCACCAUCCCUCCAUGUCGGACAUCCGACGAUCCAGAGAUGUAUCAGACAUUCACAGGUUCGUCGCGUCGGCAUCGGCAAGUCAACCUGUCAGGCAGACCUUCUAACCCAUUUGCGGCUGCCUCGUCGAUACCGGGAAGUGGUCCGCAGUCUGCGAUUCUCUCCGCACAGCAGGAUCGCGUACAACGACAGCAACAACGCGAACGACUGCAGGCAUCAACAAGGAUUCAACGUGUAUGGCGGGGCCAUAGUGCUCGACGGAAGACGUUCGGGUUGUGGCGACAAAUAUGGGAUGAAUACGAGGACAAGCAUACAACGAGCAAUGGCGCAUAUCACGACCCUGAUGAGAGCUUGGCGCAGUUGACCCGGUUGAUGCUGUUUUACAAUGGGAGGGAGAACAAAGACGUGUCUAGGGUAACAUGGUAUGGCAUGCGGCAAAUAGCUACAGAGUCGAAGACGCCAUGCUCGGGAGGACCUUGGCCGAAAGCGUAUUUGCGUUUAGCAAGAGCUUGUACAGCAGCUCUCAGAAGUCGGACAAGGGCCAACCAUGAAUCGGACGCAGCGCUCUUGAAAGUUCUUGCCUUUGCGGCGCGCAGGUGCAACCUUGGAUCUUCGGACGCCCUCCAAUACUACGAGGCUUUAACAGCACCAUCGAGCACCACCUUACCGAGCAGCCCAUUGCGAGACGCUCUACUGGCACCGCUCGCUUCGUCAGAUGCUUACACAGGUCUCUUACGCCUGCUUGCGCAACCUAUCGCUGUCGACUUGCUCGACCUGCUCCGCUCACACAUUGAUGUGCAAGCGCUGUCUGAUGCUCUCGGACGUGAGCUCGUCGAGACUUCAACAGGAUCAAUACGAGCAAAGCUUUGGCUUCUGGGCAACUUCAUCUUCCUCGCCGGCCGUUCGAAUGCCUCAUUCUCCACCCCAAAGUACAUCUUGGCCGUGUCAGGACUUAUGGGGUCCUUGGCGGAUGAUGUGGACUUCGACUCAGCACCCAUAGACAUGGAUAAUGCUGCCUUUGACCGCGAGGUCCUGGCCAAAGUUGCCACUGGGCUUCCGCUGAAUACGUACUUGUAUGAGCAGAUCACAUCGCUGAUCGACCAAACUACGAUUCGCAACCUGCUCGUUCGGACGACGGAGUUGAGUCCGAAUGGCUCCGGCGGAAGCCAACACGCGCAGGUAUAUGCUGGCUAUGCGCUGACAUUGUUGCGGUGCUUUCCUCGACGAGCUGACGACCUCCGCAUGUGGCUUUACCUCGGUCCUACUUCAAGUUCAGAAAGCGACCUCCCGGCCACGCAGUAUUUCUGGUACGCGUCUCGGUCAUCCCAGUCAUUCCAAACAAUCUGGCGCAACUCGAGGGAUGUCGUCGCGCUGCUUCAGGCAUCUGCUCAGAACACCACUGGGUAUAAGGAGGACUGGACCCUUAUUCUCUUAUUCCUCGAACUGUACACAUUCAUGCUGAAGAUAAUGGACGAUGAGGAAUUCAUGGGCUCGUCUGGCAAGCGAAGCAGUGCAAUACCCAUCAGCGAUGUUGCAGAAUUGGUUACGUUCCUGAAGAAUUUAGGAUUUACGCUCUACUUCAAUGCUUCCGUGCUAAAUGAGGACGCCGGCGACUCGGCACGGGAUGCUAGGCCUGUAUCACUCGCGAGACACUUCGGCACGGCAACGAUGUCUGAGCAGAAUGGUAUGGUACCGGAGCCCAAGCCGUUCACGCUUGCGGGACUACCAGGGCUUACAAUCGACUAUCUGAAGGCUCUCGUGACUGGUUUGCUGCGAGCAGUCUACGAGCGCGACUCAAGGCGGCACUUCCUGCCAAAAAAUCAUUGGCUGAUGACUGAUCGCUUUGACAUGACCUCCUUUAUUCCGGGCGUGGUUGCAGAGGAAGAGAAUCGGCACCUCGUGCAGGACCAGGACGAUGAGGACAAAGAUGAUGCAUCUUCGGAUGAAGACACACCGCGGCAGAUAGUGUCCAGCCAUAUGAAUGCUUUACGCUCGCAGCAGGCUCGUGAGCGCCGUAUGCGGAAAGCUUCGCGGAGACGGUACCUCGAGUCUGUGGCGCCGAGGCUUGAGAUCUUGCAGAACAUGCCAUUCUUCAUACCCUUCACGACGCGCGUCGAGAUCUUCCGGCAGUUUGUGCACCUUGACCAAGAAAAGCGCCGAAACGGUCAUGUCGACCCGGACUUGUGGCGGCAAAGCAUGAUGUUCCAACCGCCCAACGGCAUGCCGCCUCGAGAUAUGCUCGCUCGGCACCAUGCCAAGAUUCGUCGAAAGAAUGAGUUUGCUGAUGCUUUUGAGCAAUUCUACGACCUGGGAGGCGACCUGAAAGAACCCAUCCAGAUCACCUUUGUGGACGAGUUCGACAUCCCCGAAGCUGGUAUUGACGGGGGCGGCGUAACCAAGGAGUUUUUGACUUCGGUGAUCACACAAGCAUUUGGACCGGAUGCAGACUUCUUUUCGGAAACGGAGACCCACUUUCUGCACCCUAAGCCUACCGCAAUUGAGGACUUGAAAGUUCGCCUUCGGAACAUGGGCUUCAAAGAGCACUCGAUGCGAGGAGAAGUCAAGAGUCUAUUGCAGCAGUAUGAGUUCCUUGGCCGCAUCAUUGGCAAAUGCUUGUACGAAGGCAUACUGGUCGACGUCUCAUUCGCUGGCUUCUUCCUGAAAAAGUGGGCGCUCACUGGAGGCAUGCACUCUGCGCCCAUGGAGACAGGCUACCGAGCCAAUAUCAAUGAUCUCAAGGAGCUGGACGAAGGCUUGUACCGGGGUCUGCUUGCAUUGAAGAACGCACCGGCGGAGCAAGUCGAAGACUUCGGCCUCACGUUUACAAUCGACGACCUUGUUGGUCCGGACGACGAUAGGCACGUUGUUGAGCGUGAAUUAGUUCCAGGAGGUGCAAACACAUCAGUCACUGCGGAGAACAGGCUCAUCUACAUCAAUCGUAUGAGCUGGUACCGUCUACAGGGACAGAGUGCUCAGCAGACCAAUGCCUUUCUGAAGGGAAUCUCGAGCAUUGUGCAGCCAAGCUGGCUCAGCAUGUUCAACCAGACGGAGCUUCAGACGCUGAUUGGGGGCGCCGCGGCGAACAUUGAUGUUGCGGAUCUUCGUCGCAACACACUGUAUGGCGGCACGUAUGUCAUCGGCGAUGACGGCCGCGAGCACCCGUCCAUCCAACUUUUCUGGAAAGUCAUGGCCCAGCUUCCGGAUGAGGACCGCAGAAAGGUGCUCAAGUUCGUCACGAGCACGCCACGAGGGCCACUGUUGGGUUUCGGCCAGCUGAAUCCGAGGUUCUCAAUCCGUGAUUCAGGGUCGGAUGAGAAUCGGUUCCCUACGACAAGCACUUGCGUCAAUCUGCUCAAGCUGCCCAUGUACAAGAGUGAGAGAAUGCUAAGGGAUAAGUUGUUGGCUGCAGUGAACUCCGGCGCUGGGUUCGAUCUUUCGUAAACACCUGGCAGGCAAUGUUCGGCGGAGCGUUUGACUGGCGGAGCACUUAUUUAGCGGUCAUUGAUAGCAUAGCGAGCGACGAGGUGCAUGAGCGUGUACAUUGCGGCGUUGCGGUGACGCAAUCCGAAGCAGGCAGUAUCAACUGCAUAUUUCCCCUUUCUACGGGAGUCCGUACCCUCCGAGUACUGCCGUGCGUCGACUCGUUCCACGCUUGCGAUACUGGUCGAUCGCAUGCCCGCACAUUGGAGGGCAGACGUUUCUACAUGUGAGCCGUAGCUGCGUGGGGCAAUUGGACAAGGGAACCGGAGCUGCACUAGCCGAUU